AUGGCACACCAAGCACACUCUUAUCACAUAGUAGACCCAAGCCCAUGACCCAUUCUAGGAGCCGCCGCCGCCCUCCUAACUACCUCAGGACUAACAAUAUGAUUCCACUAUAACUCCCCUCGACUCCUCAUUCUAGGACUACUAUCCACUGCCCUAGUUAUAUUCCAAUGAUGACGUGACAUCAUCCGGGAAAGCACAUUCCAAGGUCAUCACACUCCAACCGUACAGAAAGGACUACGCUACGGCAUAGCCCUAUUUAUCACAUCCGAAGCCUUCUUCUUCUUAGGGUUCUUCUGAGCCUUCUUCCACUCAAGCUUAGCCCCAACCCCAGAACUAGGAGGACAAUGACCACCCGUGGGAAUCAAACCUCUAAACCCCAUAGAAGUACCACUACUAAACACUGCCAUUCUACUAGCCUCUGGAGUCACCGUAACAUGAGCCCACCACAGCAUCACAGAGGCCAACCGAAAACAAGCAAUCCACGCUCUAACCCUAACCGUCCUCCUAGGGUUCUACUUCACAGCCCUACAAGGCAUAGAAUACUACGAAGCACCAUUCUCUAUCGCAGAUGGAAUCUACGGCUCUACAUUCUUCGUUGCUACCGGAUUCCACGGGCUACACGUAAUCAUUGGCUCAACAUUCCUGCUAGUAUGCCUAGUACGCCUAAUCAAAUACCAUUUCACAUCAAACCACCACUUCGGAUUCGAAGCCGCCGCCUGAUACUGACACUUCGUAGACGUCGUAUGGCUAUUCCUCUACAUCUCUAUCUACUGAUGAGGUUCUU